GUGGGAUGUAAGUUUAUGGACACGAUGACCCAAGAAUCAGCACAGAACCUCAAAAGUGAAAAAGGGAAGCAACGUGACCACCAUUGCACAACAAAACAAUGGCAAGAAUCCAUAGUCUCAAUCAUGAUAGAGAGUGGAUGAGAUGCGAAGGUCAUUGUCGUGUCCCCAGCAGAGCUACCAGUCCGAGUCAUCGGCAGCAUCAAAGGUGGUCGUGGCAUCUCUGGCGAGAUUCGAGGUUCAUAAAGUACAGUCCCCUAUCUCUUCAGGCAUACUUGAUACUUCCUGAGAAAACUGUGGUGUGGUAGUGAGAAGUGACUGAGCUGGGCUAAGUGUGAUAUAGAUCGAGUGCUCGAUUCAGAUCAAACACCCUCUCAACAUCUUUUCAAGUAGAUUUGCCACUGAC